AUGACCGCUUUCGAAUACCAGUAUAAACAGGUUUUACGUCUCACAUCAGCUUUUCCAGGUUUUGUAGAGUCGAGAGAGGCGGUGGCGAAGUACGUGUCUGUCCCUGGCGUUGUAGAGCUCGAGGCGAAGGACAUCAUCCUCUGCUCGGGUUGCAGCUGUGCAAUUGACCUGUGCAUCACUGCCCUGUGCUGCCCUGGCCAGAACAUCCUUGUGCCUCGCCCAGGAUUCCCUCUGUACAAGACCCUCGCCGAGGGCCUGUCCAUUCACACCAAAUACUAUGAUUUGCUGCCGGAGAGGAACUGGGAGGUGGAUCUGGCGAUGCUGGAGGACCAGAUCGACGAGCAGACGGCGGCCAUCGUGGUGAACAAUCCUUCGAACCCGUGUGGCUCCGUCUUCGGCGUCGAACACCUCAAGAAGAUUCUCGAAAUCGCCGCCAGGAACAAGGUGCCCGUGAUCGCCGACGAGAUCUAUGACCACUUUGUGUUCGAGGGCCACGAGUACCAGCCGAUGGCGUCCCUCACCCAGGAGGUGCCGGUGCUGUCCUGCGGAGGCCUCACCAAGCGGUACCUCAUCCCCGGCUGGAGGAUGGGAUGGAUCGCUAUCUACGACCGAGGCAACAUCCUCGCCAGGGAGAUCCGCGCAGGGUUGCAGAGUUUAAGUCAGAGAAUCAUCGGCAGCAACACGCUUGUGCAAGGAGCAUUACCCGCCAUUCUUGCAUCCACUCCCAAGUCCUUUUUCGCAGACACUCUUACGCAAAUCCAGGCCAACGCCAAGUUAUGCUUCAGCUCCAUCAGCGCGACGCCUGGCCUGCGUCCAGUAAUGCCUCAAGGGGCAAUGUACAUGAUGGUGGGCGUGGACAUGGCGCGUUUCCCCGAGUUCGAAGACGACCUGCAGUUCGUCGAGAAGAUGAUCUCAGAGGAAUCCGUUUUCUGUUUACCCGGAAAGUGCUUCGACUUCCCGAACUACGUCAGGAUCGUGCUGACCGUCCCGAAGGAGCAGCUGCAGGAGGCGUGCAACAGAAUCAGCUCCUUCUGCGUCCGCCAUUACCACGCCCCAUCCAUGGCCGUCUCCUCCAACGGCGUGAGCAACGGCGUGAGCAACGGCGCCCACAACGGCCACGCCAACGGCAACGGCUGCUCCAACGGUUCCUACAACGGGGCCAUGAUGACGUCAGUGGAGGAGGCGAAGGUCCUGGCCAAGGCGACGGCUCUGGAGACCGCCGCGGCCUUAGUGGCGGAGAUGGAGACGGACUGAGCCUGAGUUGUCGAUUGCGGUUAUCGGGGAAUUUUUUUUUCCUAAUGUAAAGGAAAAACAUAAGAGGAAUGGUUGGAUGAGAGAGAGAGAGAGAGAGAGAGAGAGAGAGAGAGAGAGAGAGAGAGAGAGAGAGAGAGAGAGAGAGAGAGAGAGAGAGAGAUAGAGAAAAUGAUGGAUGAUUAAUCACUUGAUGUCUUUAUCAAAUCCCAUGGAAACUUAUACUCAUUUAUACCUUUUUCUACGUAUGGCGCAAUUUCUUGUCCUGUUUAUCAAAAUAGUUAUAAUUAACGCAAUUACUGAAAGAGUAAAGAAUUAUGUGGCUCAAGAUAAUACUCAGUUAAAAACGCAAAUGCUAUUUUUUUGUAUUUUUGUACAUAUUCAUCAAAUUUACUCGUUUUCCCGAAAUAUACGGGUUUUUGUUUUUUGUGUGUAUAGCUGUUCGUGUACGUAUGAAUGUGAUUGUAUGUAUGUAUGCGUGCCUCUUGUUUAAAACUGUGGGAGAAGUCAAAGUGUAUUGCUCAACAUCCGACAGAGUGCUUUGUACACAUUUUAUAUAAGAUUGAACCGACUUUCCAUAAAAGAUAGAAAUGCUAAAAAAAUCAGUAAACCAAAAUAUAAAUAGAUGACAAAAUUAUGUAGAAAAUAAUAGAAAACAAACAUUCACCUUCGUACAAACCAAAUCAUAUCCAAUGUGUUAUACGCGUUAGAUGGUAAAUUGCAUCAGACAUAUGACUCUAAGCGAAGUUUUCGUUUUCUAUACGACUGUUUUGUCUCGUUGGUUAGCGUUAUUUUUUUCUUUGCUUUGUUUCCUCUCUUGAAUUUCUAUGUAAGUAUACAAAUCUCAUGAACCGGGAUCUGUGCAAAAACAUACUUUCAUACAAACACAAAACAAACACAACGCAACGAGGGUGGGCAAGAAAACCACACUAAAGUUGUUUUUUCAUAUUUACUGAUCAUCUCUCGACUCGCUGUCACUAAACGUCAUAAUAAUGCAUAUAAUUGCUAAUCGUUAUUUUCAAAGUACUGUAGAUGUAUAGAUUUUUAUUUUGUAAUUAGUACUUGUAGUAUUGUUUAGGUGUUACAGGGUUUUGUUACAGGAAGAAUGAUAUUUUUAUGUAGUUGCUUAGCCAUGUUGAUAGUCCAAUAGAAUGUUCAAUAGGUAGGAGAAGGAAGUUUUCUUUUUCAGCCGUCAGAGGGCAGCACUAUGCACGGUGUAAUAAAUGGCUUUAUUUCAUGGAACGUUUUUUGAUUUCGGAAACCUCUGCUAAUCGUAGGGGAAGUUUCAGCUGCUCUUAGAUGACAACUGUAAUUGAAUUGUUUAAAGAUAUAAUAAAGGAACUAAUUUUACGACGAUAAAGA